AUGGACCCAAUCGUCAAAGCCGAAAAGCCCAGAGUUGAGGAGGAUCGCAAAGGUGUUCACUGUGUUGAAUUCUACCAGCAAAAAUGGGCAAAGAUGAGAGAAGAUACCGACCGACAGAUUGCCAGAAUCAGAGAGCAAGAGAGACUUGAGGAUGAACGACGGGCGGCCAAGAAGGAAAUGAAUUGA